AUGAGUUCUUCUAGAUUAUUAAAAACCAUUCUGUUAGGUUCUAGUAAUGUAGGAAAAACAGCUUUGAUACAUAGAUUUGUUAAUCAAAAAUUUACAAAUUCAUAUAAAGCAACAAUUGGAGCAGAUUUUAUGACAAAGUCUAUUAUUGUAGAAGGAAAAGAAGUUACAAUGCAAACAUGGGAUACAGCAGGAAAUGAAAGAUUUAUAUCAUUAAGUAUAGCAUUUUAUAGAGGAGCAGAUUGUUGUGGAUUAGUAUUUGAUGUAUCAAAUCCGAAAUCAUUUGAACAAUUAACUAUGUGGAAAAAUGAAUUUCUUAAGAAUUGUACAACUAAUAAAAAUGGUAAAUUUCCAUUUGUAAUUAUUGGAAAUAAAAUAGAUAAAGGAAGUGUUAUAUCAAAAGAAGCUGUUGAUGAUUGGAUUCAAUUUAAUGAUUUAGAUGCUAUUUAUGUUGAAUCUUCUGCUUUAACUGGUGAUAAUGUUGAUUUUGUUUUUGAAUGUUUAGCAAAAAAAGCAUUAGAAUCAGAACCUUUAUUAGUUCAACCAAAUGAAACAUUAGUUCAACCUUUUAAAAAUGAUGAUGAAGUUGAACAAGCGCCUUGUUGUUAA